AUGAGGAACGUUUGCCGUCUGUAUUUGGAUAAUGAUGACACCGGUUGGGGCUACUGUCCCUCCAUCCCGGCAGCUAUUCUCUUUACAGUGCUGUUCGGAUUGACAUCGCUCGUCCAUAUGUUCCAAUGGUAUACCUUUCGAAAGAAACUUUGCUGGGUGAUAGUAAUGGCUGCUCUAUGGGAGACAGCCGGCUUCACAUUCCGCAUAAUCUCCGCACACAAAAUCAUUGGCCUAUGGCACUUCAUUCCGCAGCAACUGUUCGUCGUUCUCGCACCUGUAUGGCUCAACGCAUUCGUCUUCAUGGUCAUGGGACGGAUGAUCUAUUUCUUCAUUCCGGAGAAGAAGAUCUACAGCGUCAGCGCCAAGCGGAUAACUGUUGUCUUUGUCGCGCUGGAUGUCUUCUCUAUGAUCGUGCAGGCUUCCUCGUCUAGCUUGAUGACCUCGGAUGAUGGCGAUCUCGUCAAGAUUGGCAUCAACGUCUACAUGGGCGGCAUCGGCCUCCAAGAGCUCUUCAUAAUUCUCUUCUUCAUCAUGGCCGGCCGCUUCCAAUACCUAAUGACCCAACUCGAAAUCCAUCAACCACAACACCUCCCGUGGCGCCGCCAUCUCUACUCUCUGUACGCCGCACUAGUCCUAAUCACCAUCCGUAUCGUAUUCCGCUUAGUCGAGUACUCAAGCGGCACAGAGAGCGGCCUUGCCAUCAGCGAAGCGGCCUUUUAUUGCCUCGAGGCCGUGCCGAUGUUUACCGGUCUGGUUUUGUUUAACGUUCUGCAUCCAGGACAUGUCCUUGUGGGGCCUGAAAGUGAGUUUCCCAAGAAGGUUAAGAAGAGUAAGAAGGACGGGGAGGCGGGGAGGGACGGGCAGAGGCAGUCCUGGAGGCGGCUGGGUCUACGUGGUGAGGAUAUCGAGUCGGGAGAUGAUUCGAGAGGCGGAGGGUGUUAA